GUUCGCGGCAGCUCAAGUAUAUAAACACCUUCGCUCCCUGCUCUAUAUCUAUUGACACAGCUCAUCCACUCAAGAUACUUCGGCAAACCCAGUCUUAUCUCUUACUUUGUCUCUUCUAAUAUUCUAAUUUCGAGAAUCUCUCCCUCGUCAACAUGCGUUUCUCUAUUGCUUCUGCCGUCACUGUUCUAGCUGGCCUCACUACCAGCGCAUCCGCGUUUGUCAUGACUACCUACAGUGACAUGCAUUGCAAAGAUACUGUCCAGGAUGUCAAUGUCUGGGAUAGCACCUGUGCGACUUGGCCUAAGGGCUUCAAGUCAUUCAAAAUCACGACCUGGGGGGGCACACAUCAGAGAGCGUACUUCUUCGCGCCUGGUAACUGUGGGGACCUCUUCACGGCCAUUGGCAAAGGCUAUGUGGAUUCUACAACAAAGGACUUUGAGCUUGGAGGAUGCUAUAAUUUCGAUAAUACAGCUAUCAAUGCAAUUGCUUCAUACUCUGCUUAAGAAAGAGGAUAAUGGCACUGUGGAUUGUUGUGAGGAGGAGACCUCGGAAAGAAGUGUUCAUUUAUUCUAGUUAGAAUUCAGACGCUUUUGCUCUACCUUACUCUAUAUCAAUAGAGUAUGUUGGACUUGAAAUAGUGAUCUGGGCGAAUUACAAUCUAAGCUGUGUCUCACAUACACUUUGGUGAUUUAAACAUGCAUCCCGAAGAAUACUUCCGUCACCGUUUUAGUGCAGUAAUAUAUAGGUAUCAUGCUGAUAACAUUUGCACAUAUGCAACAUUGUAUGUACCAACAGGAGUGGGAUUUUCCAGUCAAUAUACUCAAUUCUCAGUCGAAGGAAGCAACAAAGGGGAAAAGGGAACUAGAGUAAUCAUCUGCUAAAGUAAACUCUAGUUGCCGGAGCUGCGGAGUAUGUUCUAAGCAGCACAGGGAGUCCUUUUUAGUAGGACAUCCACACACACACUAACAGAAUAAGCGUAGAGUCAGUUUUAAAAGCACAAGUAACA